UUGAGAUUCACGUGACCCAAGGAACCGCCUGGAGCCAGAGAAGAAGAUAUGGGGACGAGUAAUGAAGGUAUUGAGGGGAAAGAGGAGGGGAAAGAGGGAGAACAGAAUGGAAUCUGGAUAUUUAAAGGAAUUGAAGGGAUUAGCAGAUGGGAAAUCCGUAAAAUUGAGGGAGUUGGAGGACAUUUUUUGGCAUACGCAGAGAAGAGAUUGAAUAAAGAGAUAUUAGAUACAGGGUUAUUGGAGAGGAGAAGUAUUGUAAAGGAAGUAGUUGAGGAGGAGGAGGAGGAGGAGGAGGAGGAGGAGGAGGAAGAUCAGGAGUUACUUCGUAGUGACCCGAAGGAAUGGAAACAACAGGACCAUUAUGCAGUACUUGGAUUAUCUAAACGUCGUUAUAGGGCGACAUUAGAAGAAAUCAAGCAAGCAUACCGACAAAAAGUGUUGAAACAUCAUCCGGAUAAAAAAGCAGGGCAAGGAGAUCUGAAUGAUGAUUCUUUUUUCAAGUGUAUUCAAAAGGCAAUGGAAAUCUUGUCAGAUCCAGUAAAAAGACGACAAUAUGAUUCAGUUGAUGAAAAGGCGAAUAUUUAUUUACCAAUGAAAAAAGAUGAUAUAAAGGAUUUUUAUAAACAAUGGAAUGAAAUAUUUGAGAGUGAAGCAAGAUUUUCAAAUCAACAACCAGUUCCUAGUCUUGGAAAUGAAGAAUCGACGAGAGAAGAGGUGGAAAAGUUUUACAAUUUUUGGUAUAAUUUUGAUUCAUGGAGGUCUUUUGAAUAUUUAGAUAAAGAUAUUCCUGAUGAUUCAUAUAAUCGGAAUAAUAAACGAUAUCAAGAGCGUAAAAACAAAGCGGACAGAACAAGACGGAAGACAGAAGAUACAGCACGCCUUCGAGCAUUAAUAGAUACAUGUUUAAGCUUAGAUCCACGUAUUAAAAAAUUCAAACAACAAGAAAAAGAAGCGAAAGCAGCCAAAAAGCAAGAAUCUAGAACGAAUGCCCAAGAAACAAAUGAAAAGUUAAUGAAAGAGGAAGAAGAAAGGAAGAAAAAAGAAGAAACGGACGAACGAUUACGAAAAGAAGAGAAAAAGGCCAAAGAAAUACAAAAAAAAGCUAUGAAAAAGCAUAAAAAGAUUAUUAAACAAUCUUUAAAAACAGCAAAUUACUUUUAUACGGGAGAAGAUAUUCCAUUGGAUGUAAUCGAUAACGUAUUAGCUGAUGCUGAAUUAAUAUUACAAAAAAUUCCUUUGGAACAAAUGACAUUUACAAAGGCAUUAGAAGAAACAACUCAGGCAGAAGAUAUUCAUGCCAUAUUUAAAGCAUGUGUUAAAAAACUUAUAGAAGAAAAAGUAAUUGAGAUAUCUGAUCUCAAAAUAUUAUCUAUUUAAAUAUAUCAUUAAACGUUUUUAUAAAAAAGAAUAAUAAAAUCCAUA